GCUUUUCUUCAAAGGUCAACCCGAGAUUGCUGCAGCAAUCUUUGGUCAGAUCAAGCGGGUCUGAGGCACUGCGGUUAUGGCGAUGCCAUGCUGAGAAGUUCGAUGCUGUCAACAUUAUUACUGUUAUACGCCGCGUGGUGUUGCACUCGCCCGGCACAGCGUGGAACCACAUCGCGGAUUGGCGCUGCCUUCUGCUUGAGGCUCAGAAGACCGUGAAGACACUCUGCCCGAAGGACAUUUCUGCCUUAGCAUGGGUGCUAGGCAGGGCCGACAUGGGAGUCGUCCCGAAGGAGGAGCAGCAACUCGUCAAGGCUCUCGUGAAUGCCAGCUCGGUGCAAAUGCACGCGUUCACCACCAAAGAUCUCGGUAUAAUCGCUUGGGCGGUCGCGAAGCUUGAAGCAUGUGAUGCGUCAGAUCCGUUCGCGUCUCUCUUGGCAACGGAGACAGCUGCUCGAUGCGAGCAGUUGAGUGGAAAAGAAGCUGUGAACCUGGCCUGGGCAUUGGCCAAGAUGAAGGUGCUGCCUUGCAACAGCAAAAUAACUUCUCGCGAGACUUUUCCUUCUGCUUCUCGGCCGUGUUUGUACUCCUGCUGGCGAGGUCAACGAGCCGUUGCUCAUGGAAAGCUUGGCGCACCGAACGGCUGCAAAGCUCGCGUGUCUCAACAGGCAGGACGCCGCAAAUGCGGCCUGGGCUUUUGCCAAGGCGGAGACUCGGCACGAACCUUUGCUUCGUGGCCUGUCGGACAUGUUCCUGGCAAACCCUGCCGAGAGGUGGCAAGCCUGUUGUGGGCCUACGCACGGCUUGAUGCAGCGGAAGAGCACGAGGCCUUACUUGCCGCCUUUGCUGACGUUUGUUUGCGGAACGUCUCCUGCUUCAAUGGGCCGGGCCUGGCCCGCGUAGCCUGGGCUUUUGCUACGCUGGGCCGGACGGAGAGCGUUCUCUUUGCAGCUUUGGCCGAGAAUGCGCUUCCAUGGCUGCCCACGCUUGAUGGGCCGACUCUCGCGAAGCUGGCAUGGGCCUUUGCGAAAGCGGACCUGGAGGAGCAGACUGGUUUCAUGCUGACGCUUGCCAAUCAGGUAGAGCAGAAUGUGCUCAGCCUGAACGCUCGUGACGUAGCGAUGUUGGCCUGGGCAUUGGCCAAGGUGGAUGCAGCACCCCCGCAGCUUAUGCUGAAGCUGGCCCAGCGUGCAGUUCCUCUGGUGCCUUAUUUGUCGCCUCAGGGUCUUGCCACUUCCGCCGCCGCUUUCACCGCGGUUUCGGUGUGUCCAGAGCGUUUGCGCCGAGCACUUGUGCAGGGCGCCUGGGAGCAUCUCUCAUCCUUCUCUGCGCAAGAGCUCGUAGAUCUGCAGUGGGCAAUGGCUUCCCAGCCUCUGUGUGAGAGGGCCCUGGAGGAUGCUAUCUCGCGAGCACCUGGCUGGUCCCUACGCCCCCCUUAUGAGCAUUUCGUUCAAGCCGGCAGUUUACCAGACUGCUUUAAGCAUGUGGUCCUGGUGCUGCUCUUGCAAGAUAUGCUGAGCACCGAGUCUCCCAUCGUUUAUGUGGACACUCAUGCUGGUGCCGGCAUGUACGAGCUGGACAUGCAGAAGGGAACACACGGCUACGUGCGCAGUGACGAGGGUGUUGGUCGCCUUGUGGAAUCUGCAAGUGCAUGGACGAAGCCGAUGCCUGCACCAAUACGGACCUAUCUUGACAUGGUGGAAUCCUGCCAAAGUGCAAGACUCACUCCGGAGUCAGGCCUCUACCCGGGCUCGCCGGUCCUGGCCGCGAAGAUGUUGUCGGCGGGCCCCGUGGGCUCCAGAGCUGUUCUCAUCGAGGCGGCCGAGUCUGUGUAUGCUGCACUCUGUAGAAGCAUGGCCGCCUUCACCCAUUUGCAUGUGGAGAGUCUGCACGAAGAUGCCUACAGGGGUCUUCCGAAGAUUCUUGAGAGUACGCCAGAGCCGGAAAGGGCCUUGGUUCUCAUCGAUCCUCCCUACGACUUGUGUUUCACCGACAAUUUUAACUUCCGAUUGCUGCGACAACUUCAGGAACAUUGGCCAGCAGCAUCUGUUGUGGUAUGGUAUCCACUGCGUGACAAGACGAGAGCUCAGAGGGUCUAUCGAAGGGUGAAAUCUAUUUCGCUUGGGCCGGUCUUGGCAUGUGAGAUGGAAAUCUUCCGGACUGCUUGCCCUGGAAGUGCCAUUAGGACAGGUGUUCUCAUCCUGCGGCCUGCUGCGGGAAUUCAGGGGCAGUUUGAGAGCGUCCUGCCAGCGCUUGCGGACAUGAUGUCUCCUUCAUCAGAGUUUCCAUGUCAUUCGGUCAGGUCGCCAGAAGCUGUGAUGUUUUUUGGAUCUGAAGCGGCGCAAAAAAAGCCAGCUACUGCCUCUGAAAGGGCAAGACUUUCGGAUAUACAUUCGCCUGCCGGCGUUAGCGUAUGGGUUCUGGCACCUCUUUGCUCCACUGUAUGCUAUAAAUUCGCCGGAUUCUGCACCAGUCAUUUGUCAUUGCAAGGUCAGCAGCUGCUGGGAUUCUCGUAA